UUGAGUUGAGGGUGCUCUGGUCAUUGCACCAUUUGCAUUCUUGCACUCUACUCUUCAUCAUAGCUAUGGUCCCUGCAGUGACAGGCGCGCGCGCGCGCGCACAGAGAGACCCAGAUAAAAGGAACAGAAUAUAAUGGAUCGCACCAAGAGCUAGAGCUUGCCUCUUGCCUGUUCAAUUGCUGGGUUGUUUAAGGAGCUAACAGGGAAAAAAAAGAUAAUGCAUAAGUGAAAGUAAUUACUUUUCUUUUAUGUAAAAACAAACGAGGAAUAUGGAGUAAUCAUGGGGGCAAAGGCAAAGUGAGGGAAAAUGAAUACUGAGAGACCCACACAGAUUCAAUCAUCAAAAGCAUGGAUGGACAUAAUACUGGUAAAGUUUCUGUUCACCGGUUCCCGUGAUGCUUGACAUUGGAGCUCUUGCUCAAUCAUUUUUUAUGCUCUGUGGGCAGAGCAGUAUUAGAUAAGACAUAGGGUUUUCUGGUGUCUCUUUAGACGAGACGAUCAAUUCUUGGUAAGUUUUCUGCUAUGGGGGAGUUUCAAUAUUUACAGACAAUGGUUCAUUCUUUUAGUGUGUUCCUCCCUUUUUAUUUAUCCAUGAGCUGCCAGAUGAUAUGAAGUUAACUUCUAAGUCAUAUGAAAUCCCUUCUUUAUGCUUUAGAAUGUUUGUCACUUUCCUCUGGAAGAAAAUUUUCAAAUCUUCUCCGUAGCUACGUCUGCAUAUGUUCCUGUUCCCCUGCUUAGGUUUUAAAAUUUUCCCGUCCGAGAUAACUAUCGAUAUUCUUCGGUCAGGUUGUAUAUACCUCUUGUUUAAUGCAAUUUUAGUUCAACUACAGUGAUCCUUGUUGGGAAAGCAGAUCGACUUCUAAACGACGGCUGUUCAUUCUCCUUUGCCAUAUUAGUGAAUUUGUGGGAAGGGCAGUGUUGUAUUCAAGAGGAGAGCUCUUAAAAGGCCAGGGGGCAUAAUUUUUCGGAGUUGUUUCUGUCCUUCAUGUGCCGGCACAACCAAUUCGUUGUUCCAUAGGUAGAUUAGGACCUGUUUCGGUCGCACCAUUUUCUCUAUAAAUGCCACAUCUUCCUUCGCUAGUCACAGCAGCUGCGGAUCCUUGUUACUUGUAGAAGAUGGCGGAAAUUAAGCUUACCCGGGUAGAUCCAGGCCAAACGAAGAUUAAAAAUGUUCCAAUCGCCGUGACCCCAGAAGGCUUUUGGUGUUGUCCCUCUCCUGUUGUAUUUCAGAAAAGCCUCAAAACUCAAAAUUCUCUGAAUAAACCUAAACCCUCCUCACCACCACCAAAAACCAGUGCUCAGAAGAAGACAGUCACGGCAAAUGAGAGAAGACAAGCACCUACCCCAUCAAGAUUGGCGAUGUCCGAUGAUCAGCAAUGUACUGGUUCAGAAAGACCUCCAGGUGGCACACCUGUGGCCACAGGGAGAGCACCGAGACCCAAAGUUGAAAGUUUGCCGAGAAAGGUAGCUAUUGAGUUUGGUGAGGCUGGAACUAGUGAUACAAAGGUCGUUUUAUUUGGAAAGCAGGGGUUCUGUGUGAAGUUAAGUGUCCACAGGGAUGUUCUAACUGAGAAGAGCAGCUUCUUUGCUGAGAAACUUUCUGAACAAUCUGGUUUGUCAAGUCUCCAAAUUAAUGACUGUGAGGAUGUUGAAAUAUAUGUUGAAACUGUUGGACUGAUGUACUGCAAAGAUAUGAAGCAGCGUCUGAUGAAGCAAAGUGUUUCUCGAACACUCAGAAUACUCAAGGUUGCAGAAUUCCUUGGCUUCAGCUCAUGCAUCCAGUCAUGUUUGGAGUACUUGGAGGCAGUCCCUUGGGUUGGAGAAGAAGAAGAAGAAAAGGUUGUCUCGACAGUUCUGAGACUUCAAGGGGAAGGCAUUGGGAUUAACCCUGUGUUGAAACGAGUUUCUUCUGACAUCUCUAAUGUCCCUAAAGAUACUCUUUCCCAAAUUAUUGAGCUUGUUCUGAAAAGCAAUGAGGAGAGAGGUCGCAGAGAGAUGAAAUCUGUUGUUUUGAAGCUCCUUAGGGAGAAUAACAGUGCUCCAAGCCAUGCAAGUUCUGCUGAAAUCUGUAUUGACACGAUACAUAAAUCAUGCAGAAGUUGCUCGGAUUCUUUGUUGUCUUUAUUCAAGCAGGCUGCAGAGCUGGACUUUGCAAAUAAACCCAACGAUCACAAAGAAGCCAUAGUAAAGCGCAUAGCUCUAGAAGCUGAUAACUUGUCGUGGUUGGUUGAGAUAUCAAUCGACAAACAAGCAGCCGAUGAAUUUGCAGUGAUGUGGGCAAACCAGCAGGAAUUGGCUGUCCUACAUGGAAAGCUACCUGUUGUAUGUCGUUACCACAUCAGCUGUAUUUCAGGAAAACUAUAUGUUGGUAUCGGAAGAGGGGAAUUGUUGCCAUCAAAAGAGACACGUCAGUUGUUGUUACAGACAUGGUUACAACCUCUGAUGGAUGACUAUGGCUGGUUGCACCAUGCAUGCAGGUCGUUUGAUAGGAAAGCUGUGGAGGAAGGAAUUGGGAGGACAAUCCUUACUCUGCCGCUGGAGGAUCAACAAAGUAUUCUUCUGUCAUGGUUGGGAAGUUUCUUGAAAGCCGGUGAUAACUGCCCAAAUCUUCAGAGAGCCUUUGAGGUGUGGUGGCGCAGAACUUUCAUCAGACCUUAUGCAGAAGGACAAGGUAAUGUUGUGUUAGAUAAUUCAGCGACAUCAAAGGAGCAAGUGUUGUAAAGAAGUAUGAAAUGGGAUUGAAAUAUAUAUAUAUAUAUAUAUAUAUAUUCGACUUUCACUUGGAGUUGAUAAUGGAGUAAGGAAGCAUAAAAAAUAAUGUUGAAUGGAGAAUGCGGGAAACCUUGAGCGGCUGGCAAGUUUAGCCAUCGUUGCUUUAAUUGCUGGGAAAAUUGACUGGAUGUAUAAAGAUCGUUCAUUGAAUUCGCAUUUUAGUGAUUGCUUUUUGUAUAAGCUGUUUGAGUGAACAUGAUGAUAUGUUGUUUCUUUAUUUGAAUUAAUAGAUGGUGAAUUCAAAUGCUUGCUGAUUA